AUGAGAGUUAUAGCGCCCCGAACCCUCAUGGUGCUGCUCUCGGGGGCCCUGGCCCUGACCAAAACCUGGGCGGGCUCCCACUCCAUGAGGUAUUUCAGCACCGCCGUGUCCCGGCCCGGCCGCGGGGAGUCCUGGUACCUCGAAGUCGGCUACGUGGACGACACGCAGUUCGUGCGGUUCGACAGCGACGCCGCGAGUCCGAGGAUGGAGCCGCGGGCGCCGUGGAUGGAGCAGGAGGGGCCGGAGUAUUGGGAAGAAGAGACGCAGCGCGCUGCGGGCCUCGCACACUCUUUCCGGGGGAACCUGAACAAUCUGCGCGGCUACUACAACCAGAGCGAGGCCGGGUCUCACACUCUCCAGCUGAUGUACGGCUGCGACGUGGGGCCACACGGGCGCCUUCUCAGCGCAUCCUUUCAGUACGCCUACGACGGCGCCGAUUACCUCGCCCUGAACGAGGACCUGCGCUCCUGGACCGCGGCGGACACGGCGGCUCAGAUCUCCAAACGAAAGAAGGAGGUGGCGGGUAAUGCGAAGUACUGGAGGAACUACCUGGAGGGCACCUGCGUGAAGUGGCUCAGCAGAUACCUGGAGAACGGGAAGGAGACGCUACAGCGCGCAGACCCCCCAAAGACACACGUGACCCACCACCCCAUCUCUGACAGUGAGGUCACCCUGAGGUGCUGGGCUCUGGCCUUCUACCCUGCGGAGAUCACCCUGACUUGGCAGCAUAUCGGGGAGGACCUGACCCAGGACAUGGAGCUUGUGGAGACCAGGCCUUCUGGGGACGGGACCUUCCAGAAGUGGGCGGCUGUGGUGGUGCCUUCUGGAGAGGAGCAGAGAUACACGUGCCAUGUGCAGCACGAGGGGCUGCCUGAGCCCAUUAUCCUGAGAUGGGAGCCAUCUCAUGAAUCCAUCAUCCACAUUUUGGGCAUCGUUGCUGGCCUGGUUCUCCUGCUGGUCACUGGAGCUGUGGUAGCUGUGAUCUGGAGGAAGAAGCACUCAGAUGGAAAAGGAGGGAGCUACGCUCAGGCUGCAA